GUGAAGAGAGAGAAGGUCCACAAGCCAGUGGAUGAUACAACAGUCGCACAAAAAGACUGCACGCAAUUGGAGAGCCAUGGCAAGAGGGUUCAAACUCUCGUAAUUACUCUGCACAUGGUCAAGAGAGAGAAAAUAAAGGAGGUAUACGAUGAGCUCCCCUCCGAGCACCAAGGCACGGCUGGGGACGCUCCUUCCAGCAGGAGCAAGGCCGUUACCGGCCCACCGGAAAAGAUGCCCCUUAUCAGCAGCUUCAAACAGCGGGAUGCAUCUCAAACCCCGGUCAAGAAAACUAUCAGGUUCAACUUCCAAAACCUGAACACUUUCGUCAAAAUUCGUGAGCUGUACUGUGCCUACGACUACUGCAAGUAUGGCUUCCCUCUCUCCAGCAUUCGUCCUGAGCUGAAAAGCCUAAAGGAGAGAGCAGUGGAGCCACAGGAAGAGCCAACAAAGGAAGCAGUAAACAAACUGCCACAGGCUCAGAAAACAGUAACAGAGGAAGCAACAGAUUCAGCCAACAAAAUCAAUGAGCCACAACAUCUCACAGGGAUCCUCAAGAAAGGAAAGACGGCCAGCACCGCUCAUAAAUGUGUGCGCUUUAACUUCCAGAACCUGAACACUUUCGUCAAGGAUCGUGAGCUGUACUGUGGCUACGACUACUUCAGGUAUGGCUUCCGUCUCUCCAGCAUUCGUCCUGAGCUGGACAGGCGAAAGGAGAGAACAGUGAAGCCACAGAAAGGGUCAGCAAAGGACGCGGUAAAGAAACACAACACACGACACCAGCAAACAGUUGGAGCAGCUCGCUGUGCACAAAUGAGUACCACUACUGAAGGGAAGUCUCCUAAAGGUAUCCUGAAGAAAGAAAAGAUGCCACGGUCCACCUGUCCAGGACAUGUGUGCUUCAACCUUGGUAACCUCCGCGCCCCCGUUAAGGAACGUGAGGUGUACCGUGGCCACGACACCUUCAGAUACGCCGCGCCGCUCCAAGUCACUCAGCCUCCCAACUUUACCUCGAGGCCUCACCAGCAGCCCGUUAGAUCCGCCUCUAACUCGCUGCGUGGCGCACCUCGGCACCUCGAGAGGCCGGCACAGCGGAGCAACGACUCCUUCCAGCAAAACAGUGGCUGGUAUGCUGCACACAACUACACCAACAGCCGCCACUCACAGCACCGCCAGCACAACGCCAGCAGCCACGUCCCGCCCAGAUACGAAACAAGGCAUUUCUACGAGGGACAGACACAUCGGGGCACCAACUCCCGCAGCAGAAGUCGUGCCAAGAGAGGCGCAAAGCCGAGUGGUGGCGAGUUUCUGUGAGCACCGGGCGAGUACACAGCGUCGUGAUCAAACUCAAAUGUUCAGCGACGUACAGGUGACGUACAUUCCGGGUGCAUUUCUCAACACCCGCUGAACAGUAACUGUCGCUGACUGGUGAUAACAGAGACUGAGGAGUGCCAAGAAGCACCACAAUCACACUGAGAGGAACGGCUCGCCAGCUGACUAAAAUCACCAUGCAGAGGAACGCAUCCCAUGGAACGGUGCCACUUCUACGGAACAAAUUGUUCAAGAGUGUCGCAUCUGUGGGGAGUGUUUGGACGCAUGUGUGUGCUUACAUUUCUUAUCUUAUAUUUCAAAUGAAAAA